AUGUUGGAUGCAGAAGAAGAGAAACGAAGAUUUCAGAUUGAAUUGGAGUUUAUUCAAUGUCUGUCGAAUCCCUGGUAUUUGAAUAAUCUAGCACAACAGCAGUAUUUCAAAGAUGAAGCCUUUAUCAACUAUUUAGAAUAUCUUCAGUAUUGGAAGCAACCAGAAUAUGCAAAAUUCGUAGUCUAUCCACAUGCGCUGUACUUUUUAGAUCUGUUACAACAUGCUCAAUUUCGUGAUUAUGUCAGUACUUCAGAAAAUACCCAAGAAUUGCAUCGAAUGCAGUACUAUCACUGGCAGUAUUUACGUAAUCCACCCAAAUCAGCAUCUCCAUCAGCAGCAAUGGAAGAGCUGAUGUCAUUGAAACCCGAAUCAGAAAAAUAA